AUGUUCAGGGUCACUAUUCGAGGGCCAGUAAGCAGGCUUAUCUCCGAGUCGGUAGCGCACGCUUUCUCCUGGUCUGUUCCUCAUCCCAUCGCAAAGAUGUUCGUUCGACAUAUAAGCUUGGUCCUCUUGGCGGCUGCGCAAUACACCUUGGGACACCUCCAUUCUCGACAAGAUGGCACGACUCAGGAUCCCGCAGUACUUCUGGCUCUGGGAAUAGAAGCUCUCGGCGGGCGCGAAGCAAUUUCUUCCCUCCAAAGCCUGACAUACGUCGGCGAAACUAUUCUCAGGGGAAGAACUUUGAUGAUGGGAAUAUCCGUCGCGGGUGUGGAUAAUGCUGCCGUAACAGCAGGCCGACAAAACAUUUCUUUUGCCUUUGACGAAACACACGUCAAGCAACGCAUUGACAAGAUCGCGGCACUUGGGCCCGGAUGGACCUUCGGAAGAGCAAAUCUCAUGCCGAUGGACUUUUCCAUCGUUGCCGAGGGUGGUGAAAGUGGAUACGCAGCUGUCACUAGAGGCAGCUACAACUUGUACAAUCCCUCCGGCGAGCCCCAGGGUUACCUCGACGUAUGUCUUCGUCGUGAUUACUUUGAUGAUUUACCUAAUCGCCACAUUAAGAUCCUUUCCAACAACAAAUUCACAACUCGGCAAGGGGAGACAGGAGCGGGAAUAACGUUAGCAGGAGUUCAUGACGAUACGCUCGAGUUAACAGUCCUGUUCGAUCCUGCCACGAAUCUCCCUUACAUCAUUAGAUCCUACGAAGACCACCCCUUUUUCGGCGCAUCGACACAUGACCUUCUCGUUCACGACUACGCUGAAGUCAACGGGGUCCAAAUACCUCAACGAUUCAAGACCAUCUACAACGGCAAGCAUCUUAUUGGAGACUAUCGCGCUGAUCAGACCAUCAUCAACGAUAGUCUACCGAGAGACUUCUUUGCGGUACCAGGCAACGGGACUGUCCCCGAAUCCAGCGUUCCAAAUCGGAACGUUCAAUACAGCUUCUCAGAGAUUGGAGAAACAUCUGCAAACUUUCUCUGGCCGGGCGCCUAUGCCGGAACAAAGGAGUCCAUCGCAGCUUCGAUUUCUCAGCCUCUUCAAGAUCUACCUGGGUUCUGGACCAUCAGCCCCGGCGGUGAUCUAGGGAUGCGGCAAGGUUUGGUUGAGCUUGAGGAUGGUUCUGUUAUUGUCUUGGAUGCUCCGCCGCAUCAGAGCAAGCUCGUCAUUGAGUGGGUUCAGACAAAUCUUGGAAAGAACAUAACACAUGUCUGGCCUACUCACCAUCAUCACGAUCAUGCCUUUGGUGUAGUAGACUAUGUCGCACAAGGCGCAAGACUCAUUGUGCCUGAGCAUGCCGCGGGAUACUACACUACUGUCCCUAGAGAGCAAGUGGUCUCUUAUCCACGUGGUGGUUCCUAUGUGCUCAAAGACAGCAAGUUGCAGCUUGCUCUCGUUGACAUGGAAGCCACUAUUCACGCCGAGGACCAUGGCUACGCCCUUGUUAUCCCAUCUUGCCCAGUUGAGACGAGCUCUUCGGCAAUUUUUGAUGCGGACCAUGGAAACUUGGCGUUUAUUGAAACGUUUGAUCACGCAGCCGUGCAGGAGCUUCUUAACUCCCUCACUCGGGACAAAGUACCAGGCAAUGCGCAUAGCUUCUUCCCCUCGCAUGGCCCUGCAGGUAAUAUCACAGACCUGAUCAGCGUUUCCGGCUUCAUGUAUCCAUCAUUCUCUCCCAAGGAGUUUGUCCACAGCCAGAUGGCUUGCUGA